GUGGAGGCUUGGAACCUGGGAUUCGUGGACAAGAAAGCCAUGGCGACGUCGGGAUGGAAGGGAGAGAAGGACCCGGGGGGCCCUUCAUAAACCCUAACCCCAACGUUGAGGAUCAUACACAGCCCGAAUCAUAGUCCAGGGAUUUGGAGAUGGCGGAAGCGGGCAAGUUGUUGUAUAUUGUUGUCGUGGAUGAGGACGAGAUGAGGGGUGAUGAUUGUGAGAGGAAAGGUGGAUCUUUUAGUUACACCAGGCCUGUUCUUCAGAGCACUCUCCAGCUCAUGGGUUGUAAGCCUCGUCAUUCCUUCAAGGUUAGUCGAAGGGUGUUUGACGUGAUGAGGAGUGUAUACUCGGCAGAGCAUGUUUCUCCUAAAUCUAUGAAUUCAGAUCAAUCGGCAUGGAGUGAAGGUGGAAACAAGGAUGGUGGUUACCUGAGAAGAGAUAAUGCACAGAUUGAUAGUACGAUUCCAUUUGAGUUGUAUAAAAGACAGACGACUGUCAUGGUGGCGAGAGAGAAAUUCUUGGAUAUUGUUUGCCAUGUUCUCUCUCAAUACAAGUAUGUAGGUCCCAAUCAAAGGGCAGACCUUUUACUCGCAUGCAGAAUCCGAGAAAAAAAGGAAUCUGUGACGGUUCUUUUGUGUGGCACAAGUGGGUGUGGCAAAUCCACACUUUCUGCUUUGCUGGGGGGUAGACUAGGUAUUACAACGGUGAUUUCUACUGAUUCCAUUCGCCAUAUGAUGAGGAGCUUCGUGGAUGAGGACCAGAAUCCACUUCUCUGGGCAUCAACAUAUCAUGCUGGUGACCAUUUAGAUCCAGUAGCCGUUGCAAAAGCAAAGGCUAAACGAAAAGCCAAAAAGCUAGCAGGUGUUUCUUCCAUGGCGGCCAAUGAAGAAGUACCUGAUCAAGCUUCCAAUAAGAAAUCCGAUGGCCAUUCUGGAGAUUUAAUUUCCGGGGCUGAGUUAAUUAGCAAAAAGCAAAUGGCGGUCGAAGGUUUCAAAGCACAGAGUGAAAUGGUUAUUGACAGCCUUGAUCGCCUUAUCACUGCAUGGGAAGAACGAAAAGAAUCAGUCGUUGUUGAGGGUGUCCACUUAAGCCUCAAUUUUGUGAUGGGGCUCAUGAAGAAGCAUCCUUCUAUUAUACCUUUCAUGGUCUACAUCUCAAACGAAGAAAAACACAUGGAGAGAUUUGCUGUUCGAGCAAAGUACAUGACAUUGGACCCAUCAAAGAAUAAGUACGUUAAAUACAUUCGCAAUAUCAGAACAAUACAGGAAUAUCUCUGCAACUGCGCUGAUAAGCAUUUGGUGCCCAAAAUAAAUAACACCAAUGUUGAUCGAAGUGUGGCAGCUAUUCAUGCCACAGUCUUCAGUUGCUUGCGGAGGAGAGAAGCCGGAGAGCAGCUGUAUGAUACAAACACAAAUACAGUGUCUAUAAUAGAUGAAGAGUACAGAAACCAGUGUGCAGCCAACACACUUAGUUCCAAAGGAAUGUUUCAGUUGAUUCAGAGGAAAGGCUCUUCUAGGCAUCUAAUGGCUCUUCUUAACACAGAUGGUUCUGUCGCCAAGGCAUGGCCGAUGGAAUCAAUUUAUGAUAACGGGAGACUGAAUCCUAGAAAUUGUGGUGAUAAGUGUGUAGGAAGUCCCAUGUAUGGUCCCUUACUAAUUGGGAAGGCAGAACCUGUUAAUCUCCAAUUUGGGAACUUUGGGAUUAGUGCUUGGCCUAACGAUGCAGGCGGUACCAGUUGCAGCGGAAGCUUUGAUGAUUCAAGGGCUGAUGGGACUGAUACUGGAAGCAGAUACUUAUCUUCCUGUGGCAGCUCACCCAGGAUGUCUGAGGGACAUGCAAAGGAGCUUAAGGAGGGAUUUUCAGUGUCAGUGAGUGAAGAUGAAGCUGAUUGUCCUCCUGAUAAGGAUAGUGAUGAGGAUCUAAGUGAUACAGAGCACAAGGUCAUGCAUGAAGAAGAGUUGGAGGGUUCUGUGGAUGACAACUCAACCAAGUCCGACGAAGAGUUUGAGGACUUGGCCAUGCGAGAUGGCCUAGGACAUGGUUAUUAUUCCGAUGAUGAUGAACCUGAGCCUGAGCCUGAGCCUGAGCCUGUGCCUGUGCCUGUUGAAGAAACUGAACUGACAAUAAAUAAGAAAUUACAUGAAAAUGAUUCAGGACUUAGUGUGCUACCAGAGAAGUAUCAACAGAAUCUGGAACGCUUCCGGAAAAUGAGUGAACUUGUCUCCAAGAAUCCCUGUUCAUAUUCCUUGUUAUCUGAUGUGAAUUGCGGGAGCAUGGAUGCGAGAAUGGUGAAGUGCUCUUCCGAUGAUUCUUCAUGCUUUCAUGGCCGGUCUCGCAGCAUUCCAGCCAUAACUAGGCCCUUGUACAGUAUGGAAUAAACUCUGUUGGUGUAGCUUGAUUGAAUAGAAAGAGACAAAGGUGUGCUUUUGUGGAGAAUUUUGUAUGAGUAGAUGAUGAAAGCUGAGUUUGUGGCGCUCUUUCAUCUUCUUGUCAAUUUGGAUAGAGAGAUAAGAUGCUGUACCCUUUGUCUUCCUUUUCUUUUCCAUUGUUUCUGGUAAUAUAUAAUGCCAGAUACUGUGCUCAAAAUCUUUUAGCUCACUUGUAUGCAAUACCGUUAAUCUCU